AUGAUGGCAUACUGGCAACAGGCUGGACACAGCUACAUCCAACACUCCCAGAUGUGUGCAAAAGCAGUGAGAGAUGCACUGAAGACAGAGUUCAAAGCAAACACCAAGAAGAUUUCUGGCAGCAGCGUAAAAAUUGUGAAAGUAAAAAAGGAAUAAUCUACCCUGACUAAAGCUUGAAACGCUACAUUUCCAAGGCGAAACUGUGUGGGCACAUGUUA